UUCACCUGCUGGAGGAGCCCUCACUCUCGGUGAUGUAAUGAAUAAGUUUGAAGUCCUUGGCAUUGUGGGCGAAGGAGCAUAUGGAGUGGUGCUUAAGUGCAGGCAUAAGGAAACCAAUGAGCUGGUGGCAAUUAAGAAGUUCAAAGACAGUGAAGAAAAUGAGGAGGUCAAGGAGACCACUCUUCGGGAGCUGAAGAUGCUUCGGACACUGAAGCAGGACAACAUCGUGGAACUGAAGGAGGCUUUUCGCAGGCGGGGGAAGCUCUACCUCGUCUUUGAAUAUGUUGAGAGGAAUAUGCUGGAGCUAUUAGAGGAAAUGCCCAAUGGUGCACCACCUGAUAAAGUCCGCAGCUACAUUUAUCAGCUCAUCAAAGCCAUCAACUGGUGUCACAAGAAUGAGAUUGUGCAUAGAGAUAUUAAGCCAGAGAACCUCCUUAUCAGCUCUGAGGAUGUUCUCAAACUUUGUGACUUUGGUUUUGCUCGUAACCUGUCUGAAGGAACAGAUGCCAACUACACUGAGUAUGUGGCCACAAGGUGGUACCGCUCACCUGAGCUGCUGCUGGGUGCUCCUUAUGGAAAGGCAGUGGACAUGUGGUCGGUGGGGUGUAUCCUCGGGGAGCUGAGUGAUGGCCAGCCCUUGUUUCCAGGGGAAAGCGAGAUUGAUCAGCUUUUCACCAUUCAGAAGGUUUUGGGGCCACUUCCUGCAGAACAGAUGAAACUCUUCUACAACAACCCUCGAUUUCAUGGAAUCAGGUUUCCAUCAGUUACUCAUCCUCAGACUUUGGAGAGACGUUACCAAGGCAUCUUGAGUGGUUUGAUGUUGGACUUGAUGAAGAAUCUGUUGCUGCUAAACCCUACUGAGCGUUACCUAACAGAGCAGAGUUUGAACCAUCCAGCCUUCCAGCCUCUGAGGCAGGCAGAGAGAGAGAGGCCUCCGCCUGCAUCUCCCAACCCGCCACGCUCCUCCAAGAGAAAAACACACCAUCAUGGCGAGAACACAGUUCCUACAAGGAGUCACAGUAAGAGUACAAGUCGUCGUUCCAAUAGCAAAGAAUGUUCCAGCCUCCCUCGCCACGGAGACCUCCAUCACCUCGGCAAUGAGAGUUUUCUCAAUGGCAACAAACCGGCGCCAUCCAGUUUAAGUCCAACACUGCACCCCAAGAGCCAGUACAUGUCCCAGACCCUUAAUCGUUCUGUCUCAUCCAGCAAAGACCUGGCUAACAACAACCUGCCACACCUCCUGAGUCCCAAAGAAUCUAAAAGCAAGACAGAGUUUGACUUCAAUUUGGGGCCCUCCCCAAAGCUGCCAGACCAGGGACAUGGAGCGAAAUAUGGUCACGGCAAAUCCAACUCCUCUCGCUCUCAGCAGCAACAGCAGCAACAGCAGCAGCAGCAGCAGCAGCAGCAGGCCAGUCGCCACACUUUCCUGGAAAACAAAACUAACACACUACAGUCUGGAGCAGAAAAACAACACAGCCGACAUGCCCACAGUAUGGCUGACUCUGCCCACGGGUCUAUGUCCUCAUCCUCUAAGAGUUCAGCGUCUUAUCUCAGCCUGUCCAAGAGCCACAGUGGGCUAAGUGAUGCCAAAUCUGUGGGGAAUCUCAGCGAUGGUCGACUCCACCCAGAUGACCCAAACUCUAACACGACAGCUGGAGUGGGACCCAGUGCCCGCUUCUUCCCUGCCAGCUGUUUGGACCUCAACACCCCUUCAGGUCCCUCUGGGCCUCCUGGGAGCCCCUCUACCCGACACAGUGAUCGAUCUGGACACAGUCCCGCCUCUCGUAGCAGCGGCAAUGCCCGCAUGGAGAGCAGCACACUGGACUCUUCAUCCAGACACAAAUCCAGACAUAAAUCUUUAGCUCCAGAGGAUGCUGGGGCUCCAGAGCUCAUGGACCCAGGAGGAGCAGGGAUGCCCUCCACUCACACUCUGCCUUCCCCUCAUGAGUCUUAUCAUUACGGACUCGGCUAUACCUCGCCUUUCUCCUCUCAGCAGCGGCCGCAGCGUCACUCCAUGUAUGUGAGAAGGGAACGCCACCGACCCCACGGGGCAGAGAGCGUAAUGGCAGGCUUGCCUCCACCGGGGCAAGCGAUACCAACACGAGCGAGUAGCCUGCAGCUCCUCUCUCCACAGCUGCAGCACAGGACCACCCUCGCUGGACACUCAGUGAGCUCUUCAAGAGAGGACUGCACGGACGACAUGACGAGGAGUGAGCAGUCCCCUAAAGACAUGAGCCACCCUUGUGCCCCCAUCAAAGACUCUACGAGGGACAACACUGCUGCCUUUCAUACGCAGCGCUCUAAAAACGAGGUUGGCAUGUAUCACGACCCUCAUGUUGAGGAUGGAGCUUCCUCCAAGGAGAACCGGAUGAUCUUCACCGAGUCCAUGCCCCGUAGAGUAGGGAGCUUUUAUCGAGUCCCUUCUCCAAGACCGGACAACUCCUCCUCUUUCCACGACGGUGUCGGCCAGGGUCGAGGACCAGUUGUGCCCGUUGUCCCUGGAGACCCUGUUGCCAUGGUCAGCCACUCCAAACGCCAGACAGCUUUUGACUGGACUGCUGCAGAAGCAAUGGUCAUGAAUCCACCAGAGCCCACCAAAGAGAAGGAAAAACAAGGCUUCUUCAGAGCUAUUAAAAAGAAAAAGAAGAAGACACAAAUAACCGACGUGGAGGACGGGAGGAAUCCCAGCAUCAAGAAAAGCCUUUUCCCCCUCUUUAGCUCUAAGAAUAGCUUAAAGCACAACUCAGCUGUCAAAGUCCUACCUGUAGUCGCAUCGCCUAUGGUUCCUGGGAACGGACAAGAACAUCUAUCCCUGCAGAGGAGCUCCAAGUCAUCCUCUCACCACAGCAGCCGGCGGAAAAACCGCGAGCGAUCCCGUGACAGAGAUCGGGACCGGGAACAGAGCCGGGACAGAGACCGGGACAGGGAGAGAGAGAGGGAGAGGGAACGGGAGCGAGAAAGGGAGAGAGAGAGGGAGAGAGGGAGGGAGAGAGAGAGAGUCAAUGACUGGCCACCAGACAAACAAGUGGACUCGCACUCUCAGAGCCAGCCACUCAAGUCACUACGUAGACUCCUUCACCUCUCCCCUUCUUCCUCAAAUCAAGGACAGGCUCCCCCUCCUCCUCCUCCUCAAGACCUGCGCUUCCAAGCCCCUAUUCCCAACCCCCCUCAGCCCUCCUCCAAAGCAGGCUACCCCGAGGGUCGAGGGCAUGCUGAGAGCAGGGGGCACACUGGGGUGAGCAGCUCCGCCCAGGCUAAGAGCCGCAAGGCCAGUUACCCCUUACCCGGACAGAUUGAGUCCACCUGGCACGUAUCUGCUUUACAGCGGGCAGAGGGCGCUCAGUUCACCCCCGAACAGCUGGGCAUCAAACCGGGUCAGAACGGACCCACCUUUACCCGAGCCUCCCGCACCAGGAUGCCAAACCUCAACGACCUGAAGGAGACCGCCCUGUAAAACCUAACCACACCACCUCCAAUGCAGCUCCAUCCUGGAAGCACCUGCCAGAAUGCAGACAUCGUGGUACUGCAGUAAGGGUCUACACAAGAGCCUAUUUCACUGGAUCAAGUCCUCAUUCAGAAAUGUAGUCAUCUGCUGAUGCUCAUGCCUCUGAAAUCUAAAAGACUAGAUGUUGACAGGCCAAACACCUGGGACAGUGUCGUUUAGGGAAGCAAAGACGGGGAAGAGCCCAUCCUUUCUUGGGACGCCAGUAUUGUAUCAGCUUUGCAUUGUUGUCUGUCUCUACUUACAAGGUUACAUCAGAAUAAGCUGAUCAUUCCUGUCAAGGAGACACUGCCCAUGUGGCCUCUUUGCUGCCAUCUUCUGCUCACAGGACACUACUGCAUUAGACAGCUGUUGUCAUUUCAGUGGCCAAUAAACUCAAAUGUUUUUCAAGCUCUGAUAUUUGAUAAGAACACACACACAAAAAAAGAUUUAUAUUAACAUUAUUUAUUAAAUAUUUAUUUGUUUUAAAUUCAAGGAUAUAAGCUAUAAAUGACACAGUAUGUAGGCUAUAUGGGAAUAUUAUAAGGUAAUAUAGAAUUAAAUGUGUAAUUGCAAGAGCUUUAGUUUCGACACAAAGAAAUGCAUAGAUAUUUAUGUGUUGAUAAUACAAUAUGUCACAAGGAAUAUUUAAUAAUGGUGAAUGUCUUUUUUGUUUGAUUUGAUAUUAUUAGCAGACUUUCAUGUUAUGUUAUUUUUACCUUUUUUUUCUGAUUGUUUCAUCAAAAUGUAAAAAAAAAAAAAAAAAAAAAAAAGGAAAAAAACAAAAAGCUUAUAAAUAUAUAAAAUAUCUGAUAUUACAAACAGUGCAAAUCUGCCCAUCACCCUCAUGACAUCAGUUUUGACGUUUUGUGACGAGUUGGGCUAUUUGUCAUCAGGGUUUGGUAGCAGAACAGCCAGAGUGAGACUGUUAGGCUCUGUGCUUCACGUAUUGUAAUCGUCAGGUCACUUUAUGUCCCAUUCCCAUUGUCACAAUUUUAAAAUUAGCCCCAUUUUCAGCCUCUCAGUUCUUUUAGUGACAAACAGCUUUCCAGCAUUGUGUUGCUGCCAUGUUGGUUCUGUCUACAGCCUUAAAAACAAAUUAACGGGCAUCUUCGCCCGCAUCACCACGCAGCUCUGGUGAGAGAGGUUUUCCUAACAUGACAUAGAAAAAAUUUUAAGUGUUUCGAGAUGGCAGGAAAGCUCUCCGCGAAAGGGCAUACCUCAUCUGCAACCUUUAAGAUAUUAAAAGGUAAGUCUGGUUAUAUUUUAUAUUUUCUUUUGUCAAAAAAACAAACAAACUGGGGUGUAUCAGCUCUGUGCCACUUUUAGUUUUUCCAGAAAUGAACAUUAUUGGUUCAUUUUGAGACAGCUUAGGAAAUUCUUUACAUACUAAAGUAAAGAAUAUUGUGACAUUAAUAUAGUAAGUAUAACACUUGAGUAAAUGUAGUGACUUACAUUCCCCCACUGGCUGGUUGUGGGCUUUUCGUGGGACUUUCCUGACACCAUGAAUUAUAUGAAAUAACACCAGACUUAUCCUGUGAUGUGUGUUUACAUUUUCUGUGUGCAUUUUAAAAGCUUGUGUUCUCAAGGUUUUUGUAAAACGCCUUUUUGUAAAUCUGAAUUUGAUUUUCCGAUUUGCAUUCCUAUUAACAUUAACAGUCAUGAUCAGGGAUGAUUUUACUUAACUUGAUUGUUCAUAAAAGCAUUUAUUAGAGUUGUCUUCUGCUCUGUGGGCGACAGAAAAACUGAGUUAUGUGGAACAAAAAAACAUUUUGUGGGCUAGUGGAAGUACACAGCAUUGGUUCUUUUCCCAGUAUCUCCAUUAUUUUUCAUUCUGUCCUCCUUUGUAUAGAAGAGUAUUAGGAUCACUGACAAAAAUAUUUUUUUUGGAAUUCUGAGAAAGAAAAAGUCAUGGCCCCUCCAUUUUAUUUUUUUAUUUAUUUAUUUUACAGGCCCUAAUCCUCUUCUAUACCUUUGUGAUUUGAAAGCAUAAAGCAAAAAAUAAAAAUGCCAUCACAGAAAAAAAGGGACAAAGGAAAGAAGAAUGGAUGCGUUUGGUUUGAAAAGUUUUGAUCCUCAUUUGUUGAAAGAAAAACAGAAUCAAUCACAGCAACUUCACGGUUGAUUGAAAGCAAUAACACUCAUAAAGAGACUCCGAGUGAUCCAGAUUGUAUUUGCCAAAUUGGCAGCUAGAUGAAUUUGAGCCAAAUAUAGCACAAAAAAGAAAAUUCCUGCAGGAGACUGUGAUUACAGCAAGUCAACUGUUGACAUAUGGCAUCUCCUCAUUCUGCAAUACAUUUUUUAUUUUCAGUUUGUCCAUAAGUGUAGCCCACAAAAGGUAAAACUGCCCAAUGCUGUGCGCGUGUGUAGAAAAUCCUCACUGCUAAUGAUUGUAAAUGACUGCUGACAUGGGUUUGUUUAUGUCAAUGGGACAGAGUGACGACGAAGUUUGCCUUGCCAGUGACCCGAAGCCUUACAUUAGCUUACCGACUCAACGUUUCAGAUGGAAAUGAAGGCUUCAACCCUCAGCAGGUCGCACACGCUGAAAACUGAGAUGAGAAGAAGACUUUUUUGUUCACAAAUAUGAAUGUGUUUCCUAUAACAUCAAUUCUUUUUUUUUUUUCUCAUUAAGCAGUUUCCCACUUCUGACAGGGUGUAAAUAAGAAAUAACAGAGUGUAUCUAUACUGACCGUUCUACUUUAAAAAUUAUAGGGUCUCAUAAUAAAUGCCAACUGUACAUUU